AUGACUCUGUGUGCUGUUCCACGGAUCUAACUAAAUUCAAUGAAUCCCAAAAUGUUCUAAAAAAUCUAAAAACAUAAUCAUAAUCAGAUUCAUUCAGUGAUGCAGCUGCUGCAACACUAAGACCGUGUUUGGUUGGUUGAAUUAUCAUCAUCAAAUGCAAGAAUCACUUAAUCCAACAACAAACAUGAAGAGGUUCCAUACUAAGAAUCAUGAUGACCAUGAUGAAGUUCUUUCUGAUUCUCACACUCGUUCUUCCUCAAUUUCCAAUAGAAAAUGUUCUCUUUUCACUUCAACUCGUUUCUUCGCUUCUCUCUUUGUUAUCACUCUCUUUCUCUGCUCUCUCUCCUUCAUUCUUCCAUCUUCUCCAUCAACAACUACUGCUACUACUACUCUCAAUCUCAAACAAACUCAACAACAAGGUUUGAGCAGUGAUGCUUCUGAUUCUGGUGAGUUCAUAAAAGAUAAACUACUUGGUGGACUUCUAGCAGCUGGAUUUGACGAUAAAUCCUGUCUCAGCAGGUAUCAUUCAGUUAAAGGCCUAUCAGGAAAUCCAUCUCCUUACCUCAUUUCUAGAUUACGAAAAUAUGAAGCUCUCCACAAAAAAUGCGGACCAUAUACAGAAUCCUACAAUAAGACGGUGAAAGAUCUUGGUUCUGGUCAUUUAAGUGAGUCCCUAGAUUGUAAAUACGUAGUUUGGAUUUCAUUUAGUGGUUUAGGGAACAGGAUAUUGACCUUAGCUUCUGCAUUUCUUUAUGCGCUCCUCACAAACCGUGUUCUUUUGGUUGAUCCUGGAGUUGAUAUGGUCGAUCUCUUUUGUGAACCGAUUCCAGAUGUUUCCUGGUUUCUCCCUCCUGAUUUCCCUCUAACCGGUCAAUUUCAUAGUUUCAAUCAGAAAUCUGAUCACUGUCAUGGAAAAAUGCUGAAAAAUAAAGCAGUCACAAAUUCAAAAGUGCCUUCUUCUGUCUACCUUCAUUUGGUGCAUGAUUAUGAUGACGAGGAUAAGCUUUUCUUCUGCGAUGAAGAACAAAAGUUUCUGCAGAAAGUACCUUGGUUAAUGAUGAAAACAGAUAAUUACUUUAUUCCAUCACUAUUCUUGAUGCCGUCUUUUGAUCAGGAGCUCGGUAAUCUCUUUCCAAACAAGGAAAAAGUUUUCCAUUUCUUAGGCAGGUAUUUGUUUCACCCUACAAACAAUGUAUGGGGAUUUGUUACUAGAUACUAUCAAGCUUAUUUAGCUAAUGCUGAUGAAAGAGUCGGCAUCCAGAUUAGGGUCUUCGAUACGAGAACCGGUCCAUUUCAAUAUGUACUAGAUCAAAUCUUAGCUUGUACUAUGAAGGAGAAUAUCUUGCCUAAUGUUGACAAGAAGCAUGAUAUUAUCAGUUCAUUAGGAAAUUCGAAGUCGAAAGCGGUGCUAAUGACAUCCUUAAAUUCUGGUUAUUUUGAAAAAAUAAGAGACAUGUAUUGGGAAUAUCCAACGGUGACAGGAGAAGUUAUCAGUGUUUCGCAACCAAGCCAUGAGGGACAUCAACAAACUGAGAAGCAAAUACACAACCAAAAAGCUUGGGCAGAAAUGUAUCUACUGAGUUUAACCGAUGUGUUGGUAACUAGCUCGUGGUCUACUUUCGGCUACGUGGCGCAGGGGCUCGGAGGUCUGAAACCUUGGAUACUAUACAAACCAGAGAAUGAAACAGCGCCUGAUCCUUCUUGUCGUCGUGUGACGUCGAUGGAGCCUUGUUUUCAUGCUCCUCCCUUCUAUGAUUGUAAGGCAAAGAGAGGAACUGAUACAGGUGCACUUGUUCCGCAUGUAAGACAUUGUGAGGAUAUGAGUUGGGGUCUUAAGCUUGUAGACAAUUAGGGUUAGCUAGUUAUUUUAGUCAUGAAUUGAAUACCAAUAGUUGUUUUGUUGUAUGAUAACAUUAGUUAUUUUUUAUUUCAAAUUUAUAUAGUUCUCUUCUCUACAGAAACCAUAAGAUAUCAUUGCAAUCACAAUUUAUAUAUGGAGUUAGCUUUGUUUCAAA